UCCCGACUGCGUACGUAAGCAGCUCACGCGUACGUGUCACGGCACAGUCAUCAAACUUUAUCCACGUGACAGCACACUUAAGUGUUCCUUUUGGCACUUUUAUUAAACUUGGUUUCUGAAAUUUGUUUUUGGCGACCAAAAAGGAGGGACCUUUGGCUUUAUUUGCAAUCAAUUUGCGGAGAAGCUUGAUGGGCGGAAGCGGCUACCGAAAAGCGGCUACAAGGAAUUGCAGGGAACCUCUUUUUUUAUUUGAAAACUCUUAGUAUCACUCCAAUCCUACUGGCCGCCAUUUACAACGGACAUACGCUGCCUCAUACAGAGUAGUUGAAGAAACCUGACAGCAUCAUGUUGGCUGUACAAACAAUGACACACGCAGCAAGUCUAACUCACGAAGAGAUUCAUGGGGCAGAAGCUGUAGAGGUUCCAGUGGUACACUUGAGUAUCUCGAAAAUACUGUCAGGGACAGUCACCGUUCCGGACCUACCCCACCUGGAAGCCACUGGCCAAUACAAACUGUUAAUCACAUCACUUUGCACGUUUGUACGAGAUGACAAACGUAUCUUCACUGAUCCAUGGGUGAAAUCAUGGUGUGCAAAGCGAUGGCGGAACUUUUUCAUCGUUGAGGCUGCAAAGGAUCCGCGUUCGGUUACUUGGGCGACCUAUGGGAAUUGGAUUCAGAAUGCAGUGGGAUUUGGUGAUACGCGGUGUCCGGAGCAAAAAGUUGCCGAAAGAUUCUUGAAGGGAACUGGACCAGAAGAGUGGAUAUGGGCAGUUCAAGGAGAGGAAAACAUUUGGUCAGAGCAAGCAAUGUCGUUACGGGGGGGCGUAGCACCCUUACCUCCCGUUCAGAUGCCCGAAUCCGUGGCAAAGGAAACGGGAUGCAUGUUUUGCCCUGGCUUGCUAAAUGGCCUUGUACCUGUCCGUGCCUUUGACGAAGGAUUCCCAGCUCUCGAACGCGACCACAACCUCUCCAUCCUCCGUGUCGAUGCCCACCCACUACGAGGCUGUCAUGACAAUAUGGCCGAUUACAUUAAUGCCUUUAAACACGGAAUCGGUCUCUCGGCUUCUUGCGCACCUCACAUUUCCCCAGAACACGCAUCCCUGAAAAAGUUUUGUAUAUCUUAUUCGAAGGGAACACCCGAUCUCCUGACUUUCCUCACUCAACACCCAUCGUACGCGGAAUCCAUCACUUCCCUUUUUGUUUGGGCUGGGGCGGUGUAUGGAUCUUAUAUUGCGGACUCGGCAGCAUCUCUCGUCACCAAGCUACCUGUUGAUCAUUCCAUGGGUGCGCUAAUACGGGCUGUGGAUCUGCUAUGUCCUGUGGUCGAUUUAAGGAGGAUUGGGCCUCUUUCCAGGAUCAAUGAUAUUCGGGCUACAGAUGCUGUGAAAUCGCUGAUGACUGCGGAGCGAACUCAGUUCAUGAAGGAGCAUGGAGAAAAGUUUACAUCAAAGGGUGGAUGGGACAAGCCUAUCUUUUGUGUAACGGGCAGUACUGUCCCAGAGGACGUUCCAUAUUUCCAAGCUCCGGCAGCUCGUCAGCUGCGGAUGUACGACAACAAUAAUGACAUGCAACUGACAACGCGACAAAGUCUUGUAGAGUCAGACAUGGCCAUCCACUUGGGCAUUGUCAACGCAAAUCACUGGGACAUGAGUUUCUCAGAGUUUCCCAUGAUGCUCAAAGUUGGAUCAAGCAAAUUCAAACACCCGUUCCCAAAAACAGCCGCAGUCACAGCCAUGUUCUAUCUUGUAGCUGAGUUGGGACUAUGUGAUUAAACGAUGGACGCUGCAAGAGUUUCUUGGGUAGGUAUUGUACAGUUUGGUGGAUUUUUAUGGAUAUGUUCUUAGUUGCAGUAGUAGCAUAUUAUCUUUAUUAUAAUUAUUACCGAUGACGAACCUCAUAAUAAUAAUGGUCAAAGGUCAUCACUAACACAACGAUCCCCUGCAUACUGUCAUCACGUUGGGGUCAGUAGGGUGAGAUAUGC